GAAGAGUUUCUCACAGAAACAGCUGAAACGUCACAGCGAACGGGUGUCCCGUAUUUUGUAUGUAGUGCUGAGAAACAGCAUUAUUAUUACCUCGUCGUCGGUCGAGCGCAUAUCCCAUUCAAUCGCGGUCGUGGAGAAAUAUAAUCAGUGAAUGCUAUAUUUAUACUCAAUUUGGCGAUAGCUGUUCCGAUCGGUUUGUAAUGAUAUGAGGAUGUGUAGCAUAUUUCGGCGACGGAGAGGACAGUACAAAAAUCAGUGCCUUACGAUUGUGAUUCAUACCAACGAGUUGUGAGAGCAGAUAUUCGCUUCACCUGUUCGAUUGUGAUAUGCACUACCAAUGCUUUCUGCAUGAUUCAUCGGUGUCCUAUGUUGCACGGUAGUUGUUUUUUUAUCGUAUGGAAUUUACAAGCAUCUUCGUCACAUCAGGAACGAAGAAUUCAUUUUUAAGAUUGUAUGACUAAUAACCCACACAGAGAGCCACGUUUCUGAGUCACAUGCGUCGCUGAAAUCAAAACGGUGAAACUUACUUUUAUCUGCGACUGUGUAUGAAGAGGUGUAUCGUGUGUCGUUAUCUCAAGUGUGCAUUGUGAGCGGAAUACGGAAAUUAUUGUGUGUAACUCUUCGGAGGUUGAUAAGUGAUAAAUGAGUGUUUCAGGGGUAGCGCCAACCGAAGCGACACCGUUGAAGAGAAACGUGCAGACACAACUCGUCGGUGACAAUCAUCAAACGCAAACGGUAGUUGUGCAUGUUGGCAGUAAUAGUACCGGGAGCAACAAUAGUAACAGUGGAACCUCAAAUCCCAGUAGUGAAGUGCCAAUUAUUGGAAACGAUCAAAACGAAAACAUGGAUGACACCAAACGAAUAUUGAUCCGUGUUGGGAUUGACUUUGUCAUUUUGUGUUGCGUUGGGUUCCCAAUUUUGAUCUUUUUCCUCGUGGGCCAACCUUAUGAGCGAGGAUUUUUCUGCGACGAUGAAUCACUCAUGCACCCGUUUCACGAUUCGACCGUCACGAACUGGAUGCUGUACAUCAUAGGCAUAGCUGUGCCCAUAUUGGUGAUACUUGGAACAGAGCUGGUACGAGCUCACGUGAAAAAAUCGAAUGCCCUGCCGCUUAAGGUAUACAGCGUCACCAUACCAUACUGGAUAGUGGAAGCAUACAAAUCAAUCGGAAUGUUCGGUUUUGGAGCCGCCUGCAGCCAGCUGUUGACCGACGUGGGGAAAUAUACCAUCGGUCGGUUACGGCCACAUUUCUUUGAUGUUUGUAAUCCCAGAUUGCCUGAUGGUACCACUUGUAAAGAUCCACAAAAUCAUGGUCGUUACAUCGAAGAUUUCAUUUGUACCAGCGAAAAAUCAUCGGCUCGUAUGUUAAAAGAAAUGCGCCUAUCAUUCCCUAGCGGUCAUUCCAGUUUUUCCAUGUACACUCUCGUUUAUUGUGCGAUCUAUCUACAAUCCAGAAUGAACUGGCGAGGAUCCAAGUUAUUGAAACACUUUCUGCAAUUUCUGCUUAUACUACUAGCGUGGUACACAUGUCUAAGCCGAAUUUCCGAUUAUAAACAUCACUGGUCAGAUGUACUGGCUGGAGCAGUUCUGGGUUCCACAGUGGCAAUCGUUGUCUCCAACUACUGUUCGGAUCUCUUUGAUGCACGCGCGAAACGCACAAAUAUUUUGCCACAGACACGCUAUGAACUCAGCCCAAACCACACUAUUUCCAACGGAAACCAGCAGUAGUUGAUAGUGAUAGAGCUUACGUAGCAUAUGUGAUUUUUUUAAAUCUAUUACCUUUCAUGUCGAAAGGACAGUCGACCUACAUAUUUACUAUAUUUAUUAUAUAGUAAUGGAUUAAUUUAUUUUACGUAACAAACCUUUCAAGAAGAGACAGCUAUUUAUUGAUUGAAACUGCUGCAUCCUGUAAGAUAAGAUGUUGUUUUAAGAAAAUGCCGAAAAUCUUCCGUUUUUUUUUUUGUUUUAUGUCAUUGGCAAUUGCUAAGCGUGCUACAAAAUUGUAUUAAUAAAUAUAAUAUUUUUAAACUU